CUUCUCCUCAUGGGUGAUGGUGUAGACCCUCUAGUGUCAUUUUCUCACAUGUAGUUCACACAGCCAUUCACUUCAUUCCUUGUCCUUUCUUCUCCCACUUUCCUCAACCUCUCUCUCUCUUCUUCCCAUCAUCCCCACAAUCUCUGCAACUACUCCCCCCUCAGAAUUUUGAUCAAAUCCCUCCCCCCCAUAUCUUCUCAAGUAAAAGAGAACCCAUUAAACCUAAUCUCUCUCUCUCUCUUUCGGAAUUCAUACCUAUAAUCAAAUCAAAUCUACACGACAUAUACUUAAUCCUCUCGAAUUCUCCAUAGUUGCAUAUAGUUAUAAUGGAGUUGUUCCCAGCACAACCGGAUUUGUCCCUUCAGAUCAGCCCCCCAAACACCAAGCCCUCAUCGACUUGGCGGAGACCCGAUGAAGAUGUCAACAACUUCGACUUCUGGAAUAAGCUCCGCCCCUUCAACCUGAAACAUGACUCUCCAUUCGACCUCUCCCUCUCGAACCCGGAACCCAACUGCACCCCAAAAGGCACUGCCAACGUUGGCGGUAGCGGCAACUGCAUGCCUCAUUACCUUCAACAUAAUGGUCAUCGACAACAUCAAGGCCAGUCGAUGAUGAGUGAUGAGCUGCCCUUCCUCAGGCCAAUUAGAGGAAUACCCAUCUAUCAACACCACCAAAACCCUUACUCACCUCUCGCUCCGACCCCAUCCAACCAGGCGUGCUCACCCUCAGCUAGUUCUGUCUCUACGGGUAGCCGUAAUCAUGUCACCAGGAAUUCGAGUGGUCUCCAUUCCCAUCACAGGCAGAGGCCGUGGUCGAGGUUUCCAAUGAAGCGGAGCGUCAGAGCUCCUAGGAUGAGGUGGACAACCUCACUCCAUGCUCGGUUUGUUCAUGCUGUUGAGCUUCUCGGUGGCCAUGAAAGAGCGACACCAAAGUCGGUUCUUGAGCUGAUGGAUGUGAAGGAUCUUACUCUCGCACAUGUUAAAUCUCAUUUACAGAUGUAUCGAACGGUGAAGACAACAGAUAAAGCAGCAGCUUCUUCAGAUAUAUAUGACAAUGGCUCGUCAGGGGAUACCUCAGAAGAUCUAAUCGAGCUAUCAAAUCAGAAGGGGAGGUCCAAUCAUCGAGAUUAUAAGGAUGGCCAUGGUCUUUUGAGCACACAAUCGAGUUGCAGGGAAGCUAAUUGGCUGCAGGCAAACAAUAAACCAAGGGAGCUUGGAGAAAAUUCCCCAUCUCUUGAGCAAAAGGAAUCUGCCACAGAUUGCUUGAGCCACGAGAGAACAUCAGAAAUAAGCUCCUCAAGCUCCAAGAAGAAGCCCAACCUUGAGUUCACAUUAGGAAGGUCAUGACAUUAUUCCAAUCAUUUUGUCCAUUUCAUUUUAUCUAUUUACUAAUCAUUUUUAUAUAAUUAUCACACACACACACACAUAUAUAUAUAUAUAUAUUUUAUAUGUAUGUAUCUCUAGCUAGUUGGUCUCUCGCUCUCUCUCUCUGCCUCUCUCUCAUGGAGGGGCCUGCUAAAACAGAACCAGGUACCUGCUGAUGAGAAAAUCAGAGAUAAAUGAAAGAGAAAGAGAAAGGUGAAAAAGAAAAAAAGAAAGGAAAGGAAAGAAAAAAAUAAAAAAGAGAGGGUAGAGAGAGCUAAAGGAAAAGACAAAGAGACAAAGAAUGACAGAAAAAGCAAACAAAAGUUUCAAUGAGGAGGAGAAAAAAAAAGCAUGUCCUUUUGUUAUUGUUUUCAAUUUUAUCAAAGCUGUGGGAUCCUAAUCAAAGUAUCAAUAUAUUCUAAUUCUUCGUACGUAAA